GCAUCCAAAGGCAAAAUUUGGAACCGGGGUUUGACUUAAACUUUUCCGAGUUAGAGCCCAAGAAGGACAACAACAACAACCUUAAUAACAACGAACAAGCCCCUAGGGUUUUAGUUUUAGAUCCUCUCUCUCAACUCUGUCUGGGGUUUAGUCUUUUACACUUUACCCACAGACCUCUCUCUCUCUCUCUCUCUCUCUCUGUGAGAUCAAAAUAACUCAUUGAGUUACAACAAUGGCAACUGCCACUGCCACUGCGCCUCCAACUAGCAGUACCACUGCGCUGCCACAGAUGAAGAAAGAGAACGAAAAAGUCGAUUACUUCAACCUCCCUUGUCCUAUUCCCUAUGAGGAGAUCCACCGUGAAGCUUUCAUGUCUUUAAAGCCAGAACUAUUUGAAGGGAUGCGCUUUGAUUUUACCAAAGGACUCAAUCAGAGGUUCUCACUCAGCCACAGCGUGUUCAUGGGACCAAUGGAGAUUCCUUCACAAUCUUCUGAAACAAUUAAAAUCCCUACUGCUCACUAUGAAUUUGGUGCCAACUUUAUAGACCCAAAGCUGAUGCUUUUUGGGAGAAUAAUGACUGAUGGGAGGCUCAAUGCAAGAGUGAAGUGUGAUUUAACCGACAAUCUUUCUUUCAAGGGUAAUGCUCAGCUUACAAAUGAGCCGCAUAUGUCACAUGGAAUGGCCUAUUUUGAUUACAAGGGCAAAGACUACAGGUCCCAGUUUCAGCUGGGAAAUGGUGCCUUACUUGGAGCAAAUUAUAUACAGAGUGUGACCCCCAAUUUGUCUUUUGGUGGUGAAGUGUUUUGGGCUGGUCAGCAUCGGAAGUCUGGUAUUGGUUAUGCUGCUCGAUACAACACGGAUAAGAUGGUUGCCACUGGGCAAGUUGCAAGUACAGGAUUGGUUGCUCUGAGCUAUGUUCAGAAGAUAUCUGAGAAGGUUUCUCUAGCUUCAGACUUAAUGUACAACUACAUGUCAAAAGAAGCCACAGCCAGUUUCGGUUAUGAUUACAUCCUUAGACAGUGCCGCCUUAGAGGGAAGAUUGAUUCCAAUGGCUGUGCGUCUGCUUUUCUGGAAGAGCGAUUGAAUAUGGGUCUAAAUUUUAUUCUUUCUGCGGAGCUAGAUCACAGGAAGAAAGACUACAAAUUUGGUUUUGGGCUGACAGUCGGAGAGUAGAUAAGCAUGACUUGAUGCUGUUUUAUCCUCAUUCUUGGUAGCAACUUUGCGAGCUAUUCUUGCUUUAUUUUUCCUAUUGUCGCAGAGCAAAGAAACAGUUUUGUAUUUCUACUUUUGGCUACGUUAUGUGUGAGUAGCAUCGUGUGCUGCCACAGUUUAGCCGUCUUAUUUAUUUAUUCGGAGUUAACACUCUUAUUACCAUUUAGGGCUGUAGAAUGAGAUCAAAUAAUGCGAAUUAAGAUAUUUAUCACUUCAAUAACGUUGUUUUGAUUCUCUUCUA